UCGAUUCCACAAUGCCAAAUCUCCGGUGAAUCUCUGUCGCUAACUCGUUGAUUUUCCGGCGUCUCUCUCGCUUUCCCCGUCCGAUUACGCCGGUGGCUCUUCCGUAACCAUCCACAUUUAUCCGGGUGGGAAAAUCUGAGAACAUUAUGCUCCAAAGUAACGGAAUUUCUGAAACCGAAGAAGACGAUAAGCAAAAAGAUUUCAACUUGAACGAGGAUUUCAGUGAAUCUUGUCUCAAAGCUGAGCCUGAAACUGAGAGCUUGGUGAAAAAUGGGAUUGAGAAUGUAAUCGAGAUGAAGAAGAAGAAGAAAACGGUGAAGGCUAAGCCGAUCGUUCGUGAGGUUAAUAUUACUCGGAAGGUUCUUCGCUCAUGUUCUGUGGCAAGGGAUAGUGGAGACAGUGAGAAACAUCAGGUGGCUUUGGAAGUGAAAAGAAAGAGUGCUCGUAAGAGAGAUCUAAGUACGAGUGGAAACAUUAGCAUGAUUUGUUGUGUUGAUGAGGUGAAAGAAGAAGCAAAGCAUGAGGAUGUAGAGUCUCCUGUGCCUAAGGAGACUCAUGGUGAUGAUAUAAGAAGUCAAGUUCAACUGGAUUGUGAAGAUGAUAGAUCAGGUGAUGUGACUGGGAGGUUUGAGCCACAUUUGAAAGUUAAACGCAAAAGAGGAAGGCCUCGAAAGUUGCAGAUCAACAGUCAGUGUGAUGGUAAUGAGGAAAAAAGUAUUGGCGUCAGCUGUGUUAAAGAGGAGAAAGCAGAAGUGAAGCUUGAGUAUGAGCAAUCUACUGAAGAUAAGAAGGUUCUUGGAGCUGAUUUGAGUAGUCAGAUUGAUGUUGAAAUUAAGGAUGAAAAUGGGAAUGUUGAGCCACAUGGUCAAGAGGUAAACGUUAAACGUAAGCGUGGAAGGCCUAAAAAGUUGCAGAUCAGCAUUCAAUCUGGAGAGAGUGGCUUGAACGCUAACCGUAAACUUGCGAGAAGUCAAGAUUUAAGCAGCCCUAGUUUGAAGCCUCAGCGUGGUAGACCCACAAAGACCAAAAUGACGCCUGUUGGUCUUUGCUUAAAAAAGGAGAAUGUCGACUGUGGACAUGGGAGCACUCUAAUUACGCUGGACAAGAGUAUGAGUGACUCUAUUAAUGAAUCCAGGAGACCAAAACGUAACUGUGGAGGCAGGGCUAAGGAACCUGAGUUUGACGAAGGCAAUUGCAGGGGAAGGAAGAUGGGACGUAAGCGUGGACGACCUCCAACACCAAACAAGAAGAGGAAAUAUGGGGAGACAGAUGAAUCAGAUUGUAAAGCAAAGAAGAGACUGAAGCUAGAGCCACGGCUCGACAAUACCUCAAAUGAUGGAGAAAGGAGGAUUGGAGAGCUACAAAGUAAGCAGAUUGAAGCUGGACAACAAUCUAGAUCAAAAUCUAAGAAAAUGCUGAGUGACCGGAUACUGCAGUUACUUCAAGCUGCUGGUUGGACAGUUGAAUACAGGCCCCGAAAUGGGAGAGAAUAUAAGGAUCCUGUUUAUGUUAAUCCCGAGGGAAAGACUCACUGGUCAGUGACCAAGGCUUAUCAACGCUAUAAAAAACACUUGGAAAGCAGCAUGAAUGAUCAAGUGAACUCUGGUUUUGGCUUGCUACCAGAAGAUGACCUUCACCUGUUAGGGAGAAGAACUCAGAAAAAAAGGAGCGAUAAAGGUAAGCAAAGGCAAUACUGGAAGGACGUAGAUACUAAUGAAAGUAUGGUUUCAACUAAGGGAAUGAGAAAGUGUACACUACAUGGGAAAAAAGCACAGAAGAAACGAAAAGGGAGUCAUAGGUCAGACAACUUAGAAAGAAUUUCGGUGUCAGUUCGAAAAAUAAAGAGGGAAGAAAAACAUAACAGAAAGCGUGGUGCUCUGUCUGCUCGCAGUUCUUUGGAUGAUGCGGAUUCCAAGGAGAAUGGCUACGUUUUAUUUGAAGGGAAACGCACCGUGCUGGGUUGGAUGAUUGAUUCAGCCAUUGUGCCACUUAACGGGAAAGUUCAGUGCAUGGACUGCAAAAAGACACAAGUGCGCCUUGAAGGAAUAAUUACAAAAGAUGGUAUUCGAUGCAACUGCUGUGACGAAGUAUUCUCUGUUCUCGACUUUGAGGUUCAUGCUGGAGGUGAGCAGAACCAGCCAUUCAGAAGUCUGUAUUUAGAGGGUGGGAAUUCUCUCUUGCAGUGCUUUCUUGAGUCUUGGAAUAAACAAAGCGAAACAGUGCUUAAAGGGUUCCAUAUUGUGGAUUUUGGUGUUGGGGAGCAAAAUGAUGAUACAUGUGCUAUAUGCGGGGAUGGGGGAGAUCUUAUCUGCUGUGAUGGUUGCCCAUCAACCUUCCAUCAGAGUUGCUUGGGCAUUAAAAAAUUCCCUUCUGGUGCCUGGUUUUGUUGCUACUGCUCUUGCAAAUUUUGCGAGAAGGUUGAGGCAGCUAAUCAUGACACUACAACUCUUUCCCCCUUGCUGAGGUGCCGCCUAUGUGAAGAGAAAUAUCACCAAACAUGCAUCAAGCAAGAAGGCACGGUGCUUGGUGAAAGGAGUACUCAUUCAUUCUGUGGAAAGUACUGUCAAGAGUUAUUCAAGGGACUUCAGUUACUCAUUGGAGUAAAACACCCGCUGCCUGAAGGCUUCUCCUGGACAUUCCUUCGCCGCUUUGAGCUCCCUCGUGAGAUUUCCGAUGAUGACAUAUCUGAGAAUAUUGCAUAUAAUGCCAAACUGGCUGUUGCGUUUUCUGUUAUGGAUGAGUGCUUUUCACCUUUAGUUGAUCACAGGAGUGGUGUCAACCUGCUUGAAAACAUUAUUUAUAAUUUUGGGUCGACCUUUCAUCGGCUUAAUUACAGCAAUUUUCUCACUGCUGUUUUGGAGAGGGGUGAUGAAAUUAUCGGUGUUGCAUCUAUCAGGAUUCACGGCAAUCAACUGGCAGAAAUGCCUUUUAUCGGAACCCGCUACAUGUACAGGCGUCAAGGAAUGUGUCGUCGACUAAUGAGCGGCAUUGAAACUGCGCUUGGCUCUCUCAACGUAGACAAACUGGUCAUACCAGCAGUGCCAGAACUAAUGGAUACAUGGACCUCAGGCUUUGGCUUCACGCCUGUUCAUGAAUCAGCGAAAAAAACAAUCAAGAAUCUCAACUUGGUGGUGUUCCCUGGAGUAGACAUGCUGGAGAAACCACUGACAAAGGAGAAGAUCUCUGAGUCAAAUGUGUCCUCUUCAAAUGGUGAUCUGCCGUUGGCAACUGAGAUGAGUGUCCCGGUCGAUGUUGAGGAAACUAAACCUGAGGAGUCAAAAGACAGCGCAGAAGAACUAAAUUGUGCAACUGCUGAUGCUGAAUCCCCUUCUUACCCAGUUGAUAGCUGUUUGAAGUCAAUGAGUGUUGAAGAGGGAGAUAAUAAGGAUACAGAAUCGAAUCUGCAGCUACUUAACGGGUCCUUGGAGGAGAAAGAAGAUACAGACGUUGGUUCCUUUCCUAAUGUAGCUGAUAACCAAAGAGAUCCUAACUCAGGAGUGGCUGAUGAUUCCCAUUCGGAUCAAACUGAUACAAAAAGGCAGGAAAGUGAUAGUUUAGAAGAUAAGACACCUUUAUCUAAUGACAGCCGUGGAGUUAGAGCUGAGGUUACUCAGGAGUCAGACCAACAACCAGAUUGUUACAUAAUAGAGGAGAAAAAGAUUGACGACAACACUUUAUCGGUAAAGAAAGAAGUGCCUUCAAGAUUGCGAGCAUCGUCUCGGCUGAUUCAAAGAUCAUGGAGAACAUCAUCGCGGGUGAAGCAGAAGUACACAAAUGCUGUAUUGCUCGACUCUCCACAACGGUAUGUUUGAGGUUCAUUUGCAUGGAUCUUUUGUUGUUUGUGCACAUAUGACCAAGAACUAACACCAUUUUGUCCUCAAGAUGAGAGCAAAGCUUUUGCAGAUGAAAGAAAAAAAUAAGAGUUUAGAUUAUGCUAAUUGCUUAGUAGUUUCAUUAGUGGCACUGCUUAAUGCUUUAUCAGACGGGUAGCAAACGAUUAAUUUUCUUUCAAAUGCAUUUUGUAAUAUCAAAAGUUGAGCUGCUUCAUCUUAUUAUCUAAUGUUUGAACAUCUGUU